AUGCGUCACGCAAGAUGGCCGACAGAGAGAUUCAUGAAUGAAAGAGUCCUUGUCUUUGCGACUGUGCUAGCCGUAACUUCUGGUCUCACACGAGGGUUAAAUUGCAGCGGCGAUCCUUGUAUGUAUGGGAUUUGUUUAGAGGACACGAACAGUACGUAUUCUUGCUACUGCAUCGAUGGUUACACCGGUAUAAAUUGCGAGUUCAACUGGGACGACUGCUGGUCUAAUCCCUGCCUGAACGGAGGAACCUGCAACGACGCGGUCGCAGCAUACAAUUGCACCUGUGCCGAGGGUUUUGUAGGAACGAAUUGCGAGCAAAAGUACAGCGAGUGCUCGAACCAACCCUGUUUGAAUAACGGCACCUGCCUGGAUUACGAUGGCAUCACCUGCCAAUGCCCCGAUGGAUAUUCAGGUGAUUACUGCGAGAUCGACGCAUCGGUCUGUAACGACACGAUAUGCAAGAACGGGGGCGAAUGCGUGGAGGGUCCUGGAUUCUCGUUUCUUUGCCGUUGCCCCGAAGGAUGGACUGGUAGGCUGUGCGACGAGGAUGUCGACGAAUGCGUCACAUCGCCGUGCAAAAAUGGCGGCCUCUGCAUCAACGUGCCCUCUUCGUACACGUGCGCCUGUUUGUUCGGUUACACGGGCAAGGAUUGCGACAAGACGAUCGUGCCUUGCGAGGCGAAUCCUUGCAAGAAUGACGCUGUAUGCCUGUUCGAGGACGAACGACCGAUUUGCUACUGCGUCCCGGAUUAUCACGGCCCAUUGUGCGAGCUGAGAUACGACGACUGCGAGUCGAAGUUCGCGAACUGUGGGAACGGCGGCACCUGCGUAGACGGGAUAAACAGCUUCACCUGUGCCUGCCCGGCGUUCUACAGCGGACCGUUCUGCGACUCGCAUGAUCUUCCAUCGUCGACCACUACAUCGUCAACGUUCGACGAAACGCACGAGACUGAUAGCGAUAAGAAAACCACUGCCAGUGUUCAGUUGCCAUCGAGAUCGUCGACGGAGCCGGAAACAGAUACGUCGUCGUUCACAAGCACUUCAACGGUAAUGUCGUCUUCGACAUACUCGAAGGACACCACAACUGGUCGUUCUUAUACGAAAUGGUACCCAUUCACCGAAUCACCGACGACCAUGGACAAGGACCCUGAAGGAACAAGCAGCAGCACGGAUACCACCCAAAUUCUGACUGACGCGUCGUCGAUGUACUCCAUCACGACCAAAGAAAUGUCCCAAACCGACAAAGUCUCGAUGGAACCCCGAACAUUCCCGGAUGUCACGAGUGAGGUCUCGCCUGUAUCCACGACGAUCAGAGUUCAAACUGAAUAUGUGACACAAAAAUCACCCCGAAACGAGAGUAGUAGUACCGAGACGGUUUAUCAAGAGAUCGGGACAUCCGUAGCAGUCAGUGAGACAACCCCUUCUGAAAUGAACAGCACCUGGAAGUACACGUCCAGUACAGGGUACAACCCCAUGGUAACCACGUCCGUCGAAAGGGCCACCGAAGAAACAACGACAACUGAAAGAAAGGAAACCGUCUUGUUCUCCACUGUCACAUCCGCUUCGAGUUUCACAGAAUUCUGGCGCACUACAAAUUCAGAUACAAGUUCGUCCACCGCAGAAGUGCCAAAUACCACAGCCUCCUCGUUCACCGACAAGGGGAUGUCCACGCAGCCAUCGAAGUCUCCGAGCACGAACGUUGAAAUUUCCACGGUCCCGUUGAUUAAUAGUACCUCCUCGCCUAUAACAAGUAGUACUUCUACAAGACCAGUCCUCGAGGAUGGUACUACAGCCAGUGAGGAGGGUGAAUUUUCCACGAAAGAUCAGCCAUCAUCGACUACUGUCCAAACUAGUACCGGCUGCCAAGGGCUGUUGUGUACGAGUUCCACGGUCUCACCAGGACGUAAUGAUAGUAUUUGUAAUUGUACAAAUCGUGGAGACUGUAAAACUGGCCCGAGUAUAACGCGGGCCGCCUUCAACGGGAAAUCCUACGUGAGACAGCGUGUCGAUGUAGAGAUUUCGAACGGCAAUAACGCGACAAUGAGGAUCCUCGUGAGGCUCCGAACGCGUUUCAAGGAUGGUAUUAUACUCCAUGUGUACUUCGACGAUGAGAAAUACGCGUUAGUGUAUUUGGAGUACGGUUCUUUGAAGUUCCAGUUCUCUUGCGGCCUGGAAACUAUGUUACUGGGCGAGAUUGACUCACCUAUCGACAACGGUUACGAAGUGGACGUCGACACAAGGUUUCAGUAUUUUAUUCGAAAUGAGACCCAUAAGUGCUCGGCUCGAUUGUUAGUGAAUGGGACUACAGCAGUUAGCGGUGAACAAAUUUUACCCUUGCAAGGAAACCUCCCACGAUACGCCAAUUUACAUUUAGGAGGUAUACCGUUAGUAUUUACGCAGUAUUUCUCGCAUGUCUCCAUGGGAUUUACCGGUUGCAUGGACUCGUUAAAGAUAAACGACGUUCCACGUCACUUCAUCUACGAUUCCACGGAAACGUUUCAAAUCGAAGACUGCGUGUCAUUUCUGUGCCUCUCGAAUCCGUGUCAGAAUUUCGGUGCAUGCGAAGAAACGAACGGUUCAAUACGUUGUAGAUGCAUACCCGGAUAUACGGGACCAUUCUGCGAGCGUUCAACUUGCGACGAAAAUCCUUGCGCGUUGGGCGCGACAUGCAUCAGUUCACCUGGUUCGGGUUUCGUUUGUGUCUGUCCCCUUGGAACUCAUGGACUCUUAUGCGAAGAAGACACGAUUAUAAACCGUCCGUCGUUCUCGGUACUCGUACCUGGUUUUUCGUCGUACGUCGCAUACGGUGUCUCGAAUUCUAUAAAAGACACCAUGGAACUGAAAAUGAAGCUCAUACCACGAACUUUCGAGCAAAUAUCUCUGAUAGCUUACUUAGGGCAAAGCGGAUCACGGCAGGAUCUAUCGGACCAUCUUUCCAUAACAUACGUUCGCGGUUACAUCAUGCUGACCUGGGAUUUAGGAGCGGGUGUACGUAGAAUAUUCACGAGUGUUCCUCUGAACGCUGUGACAAUGACAGCAACAGCAAGUAAGAGUUAUAUAGCGCACACAGUUCGAGUGGGACGAAGAGGUCGGGAUGCGUGGCUCGCUGUGGAUGGCAUUGGUAACGUGACCGGCAGAGUGGUUGGAUCUAUGACUCGGCUGGACGUGUCACCGAUUCUUUAUAUUGGUGGACACAAGUCAAGAAACUUUGAGUCUUUACCCCAUGAUUUACCCCUUCACACCGGAUUCUCUGGUUGUAUAUUCGACAUCGAGAUACGCACCGACAGCGCGAUUUAUCCAAUAACAAGUUCUAGUCCAGCCACGGGUCGCGGUGUCGGUGAAUGUCACCGGAACGAAUGUAUCCGCCAUUCGUGUAAAAAUGGUGCGGUAUGUUUAAACCAUGGUGCUACGUACAGUUGUAUCUGUACAAAAGAGUGGAUGGGUUCUGAUUGUUCCGUACCAGUAGAAGCAUUUUCCUCUGUCGAUUCAUCCACUUGUCAUUCCUCGAAUUAGGAAAAAUGUUGUUACCAU